AUGAAGCUCCUCGUAACAUUAUUCGUGUUCUUCUCGUGCGGUAUUCUUUACGUCAAGGCAAGGGUGGAUGGAAAUGAAAAUAUCCGCGGGCUCGGUCCUGUGAACGGCGAUCCCAACGACAAAUACUAUUACGGACAGGAGGAUUAUCUCGAGGCCAUCUCUGUACCGAAGGCUUGGAGUAUCCUGGACUCUAUACCAAAGAGAACGCAGGUGACCAUCGCAGUUAUAGACGAUGGAAUCGAGGCAAGUCACCCUGAUUUGAAGGGCGUCGUCAUCGAGGGCUACAACGUCGUUGAUAAAAAUAGUGAUACCAGUCCACGAGGACCGCAUGGAACCUACAUGGCUGGCAUCAUUGGCGCUAUCAGAAAUAACAAGAUCGGUAUAGCGGGUAUUCUGAACGAUGUGCGUAUACUGCCCAUAUCUACGGGUCACGCCCCAGGUCAGCUGCGUGCCAUUGAAGCUUUUGAAUAUCUCAUGCGUGAGAUGAGAGGCGAUGUUAAAGUGGUCUUGUUUGCGCUUGGCCGCGAAGAACCCCUCCCAAUCCUGAUGGAGAGGAUUCACGCAGUCGUUGCAGCUGGCAUGCUCGUUGUGUUGGGUGCAGGAAAUAAGCAUAUGGACAUGGACAAGGUCAAGUACUAUCCUUGUUCCGGCCGUGAACUACUCAGCGAAGGAGUUAUCUGUGUUGCAGGAACAAAGGGUGCCAAAAUGCAGCUUUACGACGGAA